AUGUCCAAGCUCUUCGCCCCGCUCAAGCUCGGGUCGCUGGACCUGAGCCACCGCAUCGCCAUGGCGCCGCUGACGCGCUACCGGGCCGACGACGGCUGGGCGCCACUCCCCAUAGUCGCCGAGUACUACGCCCAGCGGGCAUCGACACCGGGGACGCUGCUGGUCAGCGAGGCGAUGCUGAUCUCGCUGGCGGCGGCGGACCGGCACAACGUGCCGGGGAUCUGGACCGACGGGCAGAUCGCCGCGUGGCGCGCCGCGACCGACGCCGUACACGCCCGCGGGGCCCGCAUCUUCUGCCAGCUGUGGCACCCAGGCCGCAGCGGCAACCCGGUCAUCCUAGCGUCGCACGGCCACCGGUUGCUCGCGCCGUCGGCGGUCCCCAUCGACGCGACGCGCGCCGUGCCCGAGGCCAUGAGCGAGGCCGACAUCGCGACCACCAUCGCCGACUACGCGGCCGCGGCGCGCAACGCCGUCGAGCGCGCCGGCUUCGACGGCGUCGAGGUCCACGGCGCCAACGGCUAUCUGCCGGAUCAGUUCCUGCAGGACAUGAGCAACCAGCGGGACGAUGGCUGGGGCGGCAGUAUUGAGGGGCGGUCGCGUUUCGUGGUGGAAGUGGCGAGCGCGGUAGCAGCGGCCGUCGGCGCGCACCGCACGGCCGUGCGUCUUAGCCCGUACAGUGACUACCAGGGCAUGCUGAUGGCGGCGCCGCUGCCGCAGUUCGGGCACGUGGUGGGCGCGCUGCGGCCGCUGGGGUUGGCGUACCUGCACCUGGUAGAGGGACGCAUUAGCGGGCAGAGCGACACGGACGAGUGCGGGGCGGCGGACUCGAACGCGCUGCUGAUGAAGAUCUGGGACAACGUCAGCCUGGUGCUGCUGGCAGGCGGGUUCACGGCCGCAUCGGCGCGCGACGUCGUCGACCGCACCUACAGCGACUACGACGUGGUCGUGGUCUUUGGGCGGCACUUCCUAGCCAACCCGGACCUCGUCUUCCGCCUGCGCAACGGCCUGCCCCUGACCAAGUACGACCGCCCCUCCUUUUAUACGCCCAAGGCGGCUAAGGGAUACGUCGACUACCCCUUUAAUCGUGAAUUUUUGCAGCAGCAGCAACAGCAGACAGAAACAGGAGCAGGGGGUGAUGAGCAGGGGCGAGAAGGCGUCGUUGCGGUGGGCGGCGGGUGGGCGGUAUCCAUGCUUGCUUGA